AUGGCCGACGAAAUCGACUAUGAGGGUCUACCCUCAAAUGCCGGUCUUGGUGUCAAUAUGCUUGCAGGCGCACUCGCUGGCAUUUCCGAGCACGCUGUGAUGUUCCCCAUAGACAGUAUCAAAACACGGAUGCAGGUUUUCGCCACAUCACCGCUCGCUGUAUACAGCGGUGUUGGCAAUGCAUUCUCCAGGAUCGCCUCCACAGAAGGAGUCCGAGCCCUCUGGAGAGGUGUUUCAUCCGUCAUUCUCGGUGCCGGUCCCGCUCACGCAGUGCAUUUCGGGACGUUAGAGGCAGUCAAGGAGCUAUGUGGAGGCAACGAGGCUGGGAACCAGUGGUUAGCUACUUCAUUGGCAGGAGCCUCAGGUACGAUAGCAGCCGACGCUUUUAUGAACCCUUUCGAUGUUGUCAAGCAACGAAUGCAGGUUCACAAGUCGGAAUUCCGUUCUGUAUGGGUGUGCGCUCGCUCAGUCUACCGAGCAGAGGGUAUUGGCGCCUUCUACGUUUCCUACCCCACAACAUUAGCCAUUACGAUUCCCUUCAAUGCCAUCCAAUACACCGUCUACGACCAUCUCAAAAAGUUCAUGAACCCCCGAAAUGAAUACUCGCCCCAGUCCCACAUAAUCGCUGGAGGAAUUGCUGGUGCAGUGGCUGCCGCUGUGACAACGCCUCUCGACGUAGCCAAGACGAUUCUGCAGACACGAGGGGCGUCCACGGAAGCUGACAUCCGGAAUGUCAAGGGUAUGGCCGACGCAUUCAAAGUUAUCUGGGCGAGGGACGGACUGAAAGGAUUCGGGAGAGGAUUGACGCCAAGAGUACUGACUAUCAUGCCGAGUUCCGCGCUGUGCUGGAUGUCCUACGAGUUCUUCAAAGCGGCCAUCCGAUCUGAUUAA